GUCGACAAUGGCGGCUGAAGUAGAACGUAAAUGGAGAGAUCAGUGAACUAAAAACCUUAAUUACCACUCAACCAGGACAACUCUGAGGGUAAAUGAUUAGGUGGUGGAGUGUCUAUCACCAUGAAUGAGCCAUGUGGCAAUGGCAACAAUAGUGGCUCUAGUAAUCCCGGUGGAGGCGUUCGCACCAGAACAUAUCCAUCGGUCGCCGCCAUGGAACGUGGGGGAGCAGGAGGCGGCAGUAAUAACUCUUCCUCGGGGUUUCCUCGGAUGUCCCUGCGAUCGCUCUUGCUCAAUAGUCCUUUCUCUAUCCGUACCAGAUCUAAAAGGGUCCGAACUCCAACUUCGUCGUAUAAACUUACAAUGGAACCAGAGACUAACACUGACUCUUCGGGUGUUUUUGCGGAGGGAACGGGUGAAUCAAGCAGUUGGAGUUCCAUCAAGAGACAUCACACGAGUGGCAGGAGUCUUGUCGGGAGCCGUAGGGGUUCGGUGGGAUCCAGAGGCACAUCUAGGGGAGAUUCUUGUUCCUCAGAAGGGGGUGCCUGUGCGAGCAGUGGCAACAGUAUCAGUCAUGGAGUUGAAAGUACAACAGUUGGUAUCAGCAGUAGUAACACCGAGGGUGCCACUGCAGAAGGUGGUCGGCGAGAGUGCUCUCUAUGUCUACAGGAGGUUCCUGAUGACCUUUUUCCUAUACUUAUUUCCUGUCCACACUCGGCAUGUCUUCCCUGUCUCAGACAAUACCUCAAAGUUGAGAUCACAGAAUCCAGAGUCAACAUCAGUUGUCCUCAGUGCAAUGAGCUUAUGCAUCCCACAGAUAUUCACAACAUUGUGGAUAAUGCCUUGUUGUCAUACAAGUUUGAGGACUUUAUGCUGCGCAGGGUGUUGUCCAUGGACCCUGACACACGCUGGUGUCCAGCUCCAGACUGUGGGUAUGCUGUAGUUGCUACUGGCUGUGCUGGAUGCCCCAAGUUGAAGUGUGAACGUCCUGGGUGUGGAAGUUACUUCUGCUACCACUGCAAGGCUGAGUGGCAUCCUAACCAGACCUGUGAUAUGGCCAGAGCCCAGCGCUCACCUAAUGUUCUUCUCUCCUCCUUCAGUUACCUCCAUGACAUUCAAACUAAUGAUGAUGUCAAAGCUUGCCCAAGGUGUCAGGUGUUGAUAGUGAAGAUGGACGAUGGUUCGUGUAAUCACAUGACGUGUAGUGUGUGUGGAGCAGAGUUUUGUUGGCUGUGUAUGAAGGAAAUAUCUGACCUACACUAUCUCAGUCCGUCUGGGUGUACAUUUUGGGGCAAGAAACCGUGGUCGAGAAAAAAGAAGAUCCUGUGGCAGUUGGGCACCCUGGUCGGUGCUCCUCUUGGCAUCGGGCUAGUGGCGGGUCUGGCUGUUCCUGCCAUGAUCAUUGGUAUUCCCAUAUGGGUUGGCCGAAAGCUCCACGCACGAUACUCCAUGGCCAAUCCUCAUCGGCGUAACCUGGCUGUAGUGGGAGGAGUAACAGCAUCAGCUGUGAUAUCACCAGUUUUAGCAGGGUUAGCAGUGAGCAUAGGUGUUCCCAUCUUGUUGGCAUAUGUGUAUGGUGUCGUUCCCAUCUCCUUGUGUCGCUCUGGAGGAUGUGGUGUGACGACGUCGGCCUCGGGAGUCAGAAUAGCCUUCGAUGAUGAAAAUGAUAUGGUCUUUGGUAUUCCAGGUAGACAGUCAGAGUCCAGUCAUGUUGGUGCAGGAACUGCCAGUAUUGGGGAGGUGUCUUGUGGAGCAUCACUUUCUGCUGACUCAGCCGCCCACGUACUUGCUGAGAGCGACCGAGAGUCUGCAAGCAACACAGCCAUUGCCCCGGCCUCCCUCACUGGCUCUAUAGCUUCUUCGUGCAUCUCUAGAACAAACAGGUUGGAAGUGCAUGUUGAUAUUGCACACGGGGCUCGCUCAAUAGCCAGCGGAGAGACUGCCUCUCUGGCAAUAUCUGAGAGAUCUACACACACCGUCGACACUGAAAAUGCCUCGAUGCGUGGUCUUGCUGGAUCUUUACUUCAGUAUAAGGUUUCUGAGACAGAGGCCGAAGAAGAUCUAGGUGGUGGAGGGGACAGUGCCAGUGGGGUAUUAGAAGGUGUGGGUAUCAGUCCCCACAUAACAAGCCUUUACAUACACUCCAUCCCACCAUCAGCCAGUGACAACAAUUCUGCUGUAUUGACAAGUGACGUCACCAAUGACCAAGGUUCAACUGACCUACGAUUAGACAGUGUUAGUGCCAUAAUCACCGCCAGGCAAUUCUCCAGGCGCUACAGUUCAUCAAGUAAAGGUGUCACUUUUGUAGGAGACAGUCAUGAGGCGAGUGACCACGUAACUCUUACAUUAGAUGAUAACGACGAUGACCAGGAUGAUGAAGCUUCAGGCUCUCCUUUUGGUUAUGAAGAAGGUCGAGGAAAUUUUCACGGUGGAGUCCCUGUAUCUGAAGUACAACAAGCAGAUAGAGAAAGGGUUAUGAACUCUCUAAAAAAUCCCUGCACAAGAUCAUUACACAGAAGUGUUAUUUGUAGCAGCAGCUCUUCUGCGUUACCCUCUGUUCACCAGAGCAAGAGUAAAAGUAACCAUAGCAAGCGUCGAGCAUCCAGUGCAGAAGGAAAAGCCAGGAAUUUUGACAAACCUGUGAGGUGUGAAUCCUUUCCCAAACUGGAAAGUUAGUGAGUCUGUGAUAAUUGUAACUCUUCCUUUAUAUGACUGAUGAUUGGUAAGAUAAGGAAAUAUUGAAAUAUUAUGUGUGAUAUCCCAGAUGGGAAGCUUUACUUUAUAGUAUAAUAAGCACAAAGGGGAUAUAUUAAAGAUAUGUUUAUAAUAUAUGUGGAGUUAGCAGCAAGACUAAUUUUGUGUUUACGCUGAUACUGUACCAAUACAUGACUUAUGAGGCACACAAGCUUCAGUAGUAAGUCUUACACCACCAUCUCAUGUCAGUGGUACUUGGAAGUUUGUAUCCUUUUUUUCUCUCAUUUGCCGAAUUAAUCAUAAAAUGCCUCGAUGGAAUUGUAAGGACUAAACACAAAUUCUGGAAUAUUAUUUUCUGUUUUUCAUUAUUGGUAUUAAAUCUGCAACAGGA